AUGGAACAACUACAGCAAGAUGAGGAAAUUAGAGCUUAUGUGUCUUCUAUCGAGGUAACUGAUCGCCUUGACCCGAGAGACAGUUUUUUCGGGGGAAGAACAAAUGCCAUAAGAUUGUACCAUGAAACCACGGAACCUGGGGAGACGAUUGAAUAUUACGAUUUUACGAGUUUGUAUCCUAGCGUUAAUAAAUAUGCAAAAUAUCCUAUCGGACAUCCAACCAUUGUCACGUCCAAUUUCUCCGAUCUCUCACAUUAUUUCGGUAUCGCAAAGGUGAAAGUUCUUCCACCGAGACGUCUGUACCAUCCUGUUUUACCGUACUUAUCGAACGGAAAAUUAAAGUUUCCUUUAUGUAAACAAUGUGCAGAGACAGAAAAUCAGCGUAGUUGUAUAUGUACAGAUUCAAACAGAUCUAUGAUAGGAACUUGGUGUACACCGGAGUUAGAAUUGGCUCGUUCAAAAGGGUAUCGAAUACUCAAAAUUUAUGAAAUAUAUGAUUUCGCAGAAACCAAAAUCUACGACAGACAAACAGGGAAAGGUGGUCUUUUUGACGGGUAUGUUAAUUUGUUUUUGAAAUUAAAACAGGAAGCUUCCGGAUUUCCCUCAGAGUGUGAAACGGAACAACAAAAGAUGGAUUACAUAGCAGACUAUGCCCAAAAGGAAGGAAUUCUCUUGGAUUACGAUCAAAUAAGAAAAAAUCCAGGUCUUCGUAGUCUCGCCAAAAUUUGUUUGAAUAGUUUUUGGGGAAAGUUUGGACAACGGUUAAACAUGAAACAGACCACAUUUUUUACCGAAAAUGAAGCCGACAAAUUCUUUCAGUUACUUUCAGAUCCAAAAAAGGACGUAAGGGACUUUCACAUCAUCAAUAAAAAUACUGUACAGACGGAACAUUUCGAUUACCCGUCUUUCAUACCUAUAGACUACAAAACCAACGUGUUUAUUGCCUCUUUUACCACUUGUUGGGCUAGAAUUAGUCUCUAUAAAGUACUCGAGAAGACGGACGAGAACACUCUUUACGUUGACACUGAUUCCGUCAUAUUUGUAGAUAGAAACAAACAAAUCACAAAUACACUACCGAUAGGAAACUACUUGGGUGAACUGACCAACGAAAUUUCGACUGAAGACGGGUAUAUUACUCAUUUCGUAUCCGGUGGUCCUAAAAAUUACGCCUACAGGAUGGUAUCAGGAAAGGAAAAGUGUAAAGUAAGAGGAUUUUCUCUCCAAACUAAAGCGAAUGAAGAGCUUAUAAAUUUUUCGGCGAUUAGAGAUAUUGUAGUUGACAAAAACAGAAAUUCGAUCCUAACCACUAAUCCCCGAAAAAUUUCUAGACUUGGUUGCAAACGAAAAUUGUAUAACAGACCAGAGCAAAAAGAAUACAAAAUGGUGUACACCAAGAGACGGCUCUUGAAUGACUUAAGUACUUUACCGUUUGGUUAUUGUAGCGAAUAA